UUAGAAUAGCAGAUACAAGGUGAAUGGGGAUUUCAAGAAUUGUUAGAGUUUUGCCCAAAGUAAAGAUGGCGGUCUCCUGCUUAGACAGUUAGUGCAGACGUUGGUUUCCACCUGGAUCUUUGGACUUUCAUUGAUCUGGAGGUAGAAUUGGAUUUUAUAAGCAUUUUAGUUGGGAGACCUGCUUCAGGUGUCCACAAAUGUAAGUGUCCACCGGAUGCUGUCUGAAAAUGUUGAGUCAAGAAGAAGCUGAGGCCCAGCUGUCUGAACUGGAUUUGCUCUCUAGUAUGUUUCCGAACAAUGAUGAAUUUGUGGUUACUGACCAGGUUGCUCUGGCAGAGCUAAGGCAUUAUGUAGAAAAUCAGACCACGGAUGCACCAUCUUCUACAAUUCAGUUUAUUGUAAAUAUGAAACUGGAAGACAACGCUAAUUCUAAGCAUUGUCUUUCUUUGCAUUGCUCAUACCCGGUACACUAUCCAACAGUUCCACCUGAAAUCGUGGUCAGAUCUCCAUCUUUAAUCCGUUCCCAGCAAGCACAGCUAAAUUCUGAUCUCAGCGCCUAUUUACACAAGGGUUGUAGUGGAGACGCAUGUCUACUAACAGCUACAGAAUGGGUGAAAGAUAAUGCUUUGCCGUAUCUAAACAAGGACCCUUUAUCUUCCCCUGAGUUACAGAAAGCAUGCUUAGCCACGCCCGAAAAAGCUGUAUUCACUAGACUGUGGAUAUACAGUCAUCAUAUAUAUAAUAAACAGAAAAGAAAACAUAUUUUAGAAUGGUCUAAGGAGCUGGAGCUUUCGGGAUUCAGCAUGCCUGGCAAACCUGGGAUUGUCUGUGUGGAGGGACUGCAAGACUUGUGUGAAGAGUUUUGGUCAAGAAUAAGAAAAUUAACAUGGAAGCGCAUUUUAAUUAGACACCGAGAAGACAUCAGUUUGCCCUGCGGUAAUUUAGAAUCCAGUAAAGAAAUCCAGAAACUGAGAAAAUUCCCGGCCUUGGAAGAAAAAGCAUUUGAUGUUCACGGCACCAGGGGAAAUCACAUGGACCUGGGUCAACUUUAUCAGUUCCUCAAUGAAAAUGGAUGUUCAAAUGUCUUCCCUAUGUACUUUGGAAUCGAAGGAAAAUAGAAGUCAUUUUAAGCAUAAACAACUUCUUAGACAUUUAAAGGAAUGUCCUACAAACACAAAUAUUCCUGCAUUUGUACAACCAACCCUUUUUAAAGUAAAAUGACAUUAUU